UUGUCUUCCUUUCUUCAUCCUUACGUGUACCUACCAGCUGCCGCCCUCGUCGGGUACUCCGCAAUCAGGACACAAAGAAUCAUGUCUAGAAGAAAGUCUGAGAAACUGUCCAACGGUGAUGUCGAAGUAGCAGAGAAUCACACGGAAGAGGAAGUUGACCAAAAUGAUGAUCAGUCAGACGACAAGCCACGAGCCUCCAAGCGCGCUAAAAAAGAAGCCAAGAAAGAUAAAAAAGAGGCUAAGAAGAGUCCUCGCAAGCGUAGUGCCUCAAAAUCCCUCAAGGAAGAAGACGAAGAAAGCGAUACAGAAUAUGAGGUCGCCAAAAUUGUUGAUGUAAAAACUGUGAAGGGAAAACGACAAUUCUUGGUCAACUGGAAAGGGUACGCUAGCAAAGAUAACUCUUGGGAGCCAGAGGAUCAUCUUUCAUGUCAGGAUCUUAUCGAUGAGUUUUUCAAAGAUAAUAAAAAUAAAUCGCCUGAAAAGCCAAAGAAAGCGACCAAGACAGCAUCCAAAUCUCCCAAAGGCAAGAAGAAGAAGACAAAGUAAUUGUUGUCGUUUGAACCGACUUCUCUGCCUCAACUGUCUAUCAUAAGGUCUGAAUAUGGUUUUCUGUUUUUUCUUACUUCAUCCCAGUCAGGUUACCAGCUUGUAAUACUAAAUGACAUCAAUUGAUGACUCAUGCAAAAAGAGAAUCUCUGCCGGAGUUAAGAAACUACACUCUUGUACAGAUUUGUGGUAAACCUGUGCAGCUCGGUUGUUUUUUGCUUUAAUGAAAUACUAUUUGCUGAGUUUUUUUUUUUUUUUUUUUUUUUUUUUUCUUAAGGAAAAUGGUGAUGGCCCUCUGCCCAAAUAAUAUUUACACCACUCUCGGCUCAGGCUUUUUAUGAUGGAAUAAGCCUCUUCAAUUGUUAGUUUGAUAGAAAGUUAUAACCUGCCUUGUAAUGUUUCAAUCUACAAAUUUGACUUGCCAUGUUUUAAAAUCAUUUUUUUUUAUUCCUCUAACACCAAUAAUUCACUGAAUGAUGUAAGAAAAGAGAUGCUCUUAAGAUCAAGUAUUUUACUCAGAGGGAAAGUAAUGUCUUUCUUGUUUGCGAACGUUUUCUAACAAACCAAAAAUUCUUUCAUUGCGAUAGACAUGAGAUUGAGAAGUGUGUAAUUAUUUUUUUGUUGCAAUUAUGCAACGACUGUACAGUCUUGAAAAUUAAUGGUCUCUUGAAUUGUUCUCAUUUUUUCCUUUGGGAUCAAACCGUUCCCGUUUUUAGCUACAUGAAAGGUACGUUCUACUACCAAAUUACGUUUUAGUUAAAGUUGACGUCUGAGUGUCAGAUAUCUGUAAGGAUUAUAUUGAUUAAAAAGAAAAGAGGAAUAAAUUUUAUAUAUAAAAAAAAAAAAUGUUUAGUUUUGAUGACUAUUUCAAUUAGCAUGAACUGUUUGGGAAUACUAGUAAAGUGUUCUUUAAAAAUAUUGUGACUAUUAUCAAGAUUUGUGAUGCGGUUCCACAAAAUUUUUGUGAUGUGCUUCUCUAUCCAUAAUAUCUUCCCUUAGUGUUUUUUAAACAGACAUCAAGAACUCCUCAAAGCGGUCAGUGAAAUGUUCAAAUUAACUUUAGUCGGGAUAACUUAUGAAGAGUUUUUUUUUAUUUUUACAGUUAGCGUAAUUGGGAUGGACCAUAAGACAAGGUGUGUCUCAAGCAUUAUUAUAUAUAUUUCUUCAACCAAAUUUUUCUAUCUAACACGGUUGGUACAAAAAAAUUACUGAAAGUGCAUUAAUUCAAACUUUCUCAGCAAUGCUGUAAAAAAUGUUAGCAUCUUGGUAGGAAUUUAAUUUCAGUAAUUUUUGCAGUGCAAAGCCUGUUAUGUGAAAUUUGCAUGAACUUAUUUCAGAAUACCAAAAUUCGUGCCUUGUCUGGUGGCCCAUUGGAAUUAGCAGAUGAACAAAAAUUAGGAAUACUGUAUAAGGCAAUAAAGCAGUAAAGAAAUAGUAGUACUACUGCACUAUGUUGUUUUGGGUCGAUGCGUUACCAUUUACAAUAUUUGGGUUUUCCUUACCUACCAGUGUAGAUCACACUGACCAUGAUCACCAGGGUAAUAAUUAUACUAUGGUGAAAUAGUGAGGCACUUUCAUCAGCAUUAUGUAAAUAGGUUCUGUUGAAGGUUUUCUUACCCUCAACCUCUCUCUGUAUUUUUGUUCCAUAUUCAUUGGUUUAAGCAUUAGAUUGUGUCAAGUAAAUUUUGUACGGCCUCCCUCACAUAAUGUCAGCGGUUCAUUAAAGCCUCUGGCUGGCCGAGUGCAGAUGUAACAUGAUAAAUCCAUUCUAAAUUGAAAUAACGUGAAUCUUCUCAAAAUGAGUACUGAUCUCACCUUUGAGUAUGUACUCUUUUUGCAGACCAACUUUUUUCAGAGGAAACUUUUUUUUUUUUUUACUCCUAGGUAGUUAAUAUCAACCAACUUGUCCAUAAAUCCCCUGAACUUAAGCCAUUUCUCCCUCCUUUGUUGAAUCUUUUUCCCACCCCAAAUAGCAAUAGAGACAAACAUUAACACAUAAAUAUAAUGUUGAUAUUUCUCAUAGAUAGUAAGAUAACAGCCCCAGCUGUCAUGAACAUUUUUUUUAAAUUCAUUUAAAACGACUGGUUGAAGAAGGAAAAAAUGUUAUUUAAGUCCCAUGCUAUGUUGCAUGUUUUCCACGCUGAUUUCAGGGGUAUUGGCCCCAUUUAUUGUUGGAGAUAGUCCUUAAAAAAUUAAAUCGUCGUUUCCUGGACAAAACAACGUAACUUCACUUAAAGGAUGCUAAAUUUCCUUCUACAAUUUUCAUUUUUACUGUGAAACUGUUGGAUAUUUUCUUCCAAAUUCCCCAGGCCCUUCCGUGGAUCAUUGUCAAAAAUCAGCCAAAUUUUUGACAGAAAUCGCAUCAUAAUUUUUGUUUGAAAAAAAGAACUAAUUAAGUAAAUAUUGUACCCUUGGAAUGGAGGUUCGUUCCUUAAUCCAGGAAACGAUUAAUUAAUUCUCAUUUCAUCGUGUACUUAUAUGAGCAUGAAACUGUCUUAAGAUAUACCUAGUACAUUUUCAAUAAAUUUAUCAGCAGUAUACCUUGAGUCUCCAUCAUUACCAAGAUUAGAUAGUACCAGUGCUCCUGACUCAGUUUGUUUACUCUCAAAAGCAGGUGUGCUGUAUUUUGUUAAAGGAACACAGGGUAUCGCUGAGUCCAUAUUGCAAAUUCUGGUUAUUUUCACAUUGGUCAAGACAUGUCUUCCCAGAGCCACACUAACUUCACAAUGUAAAUUUGCAACAGAAUUUGCACUGUGGACUUCAGAGGUGCUCAAUAUGUUUAUAAAUUGAUGAAUUUUUAUUUUUACAAUUUUUACUGUAUAAUAUAUCUGUGUGACUCCUCAUAAA